AAAUUUCAGCUACAAUGAGGAGGAAAGAGCCACGUCUAACAUGGAAAAGCGAACUUUAAUUCUGGUAUUUGUUAGUGAUUGCACUUCGAGAUUAAACGCUUUUUUUUUUACUCUAUAUGCGCAUUCAUACUCACAACUAUUUUUCUCUCGACAGAUUACCCUGUGCAUCGCUGGUUUAAGUUAUUGUGUGAAGUUCGCAUCGUCUGUAACCGGUGAGUUGCCAUAAACUAUUUGUUAGUAACCGUUUCACAAAAGAUUGAGUAUAGAGCCUUACUGGAACACAAUUUCUACCUUUAGGGUCCCUGACAGGACGGUUCAAAGGCUAAACAGUCAGACAGGUUUCUCAACAUUAUUGAGUAGAUUAACUUUUAAAUAACGGUCUCUCCCUAACUUGUGCAAAUCGCGAACUGAGCACUUUUCACAUAGUAUGGCUUGAAUCGAUUUCUCUCGCUAAGAAAUAGUAUUGGCUCUUUAGUGAGAUGUAUAGAGGUAUACAAAUUAUCCUUUAGUAAGUGCUUAUACUUUUAUAAACCAGGAUAUUAAGUUGGUAAAAAAAAAGGUUCAGACUGAAUAAUUUAUCAUUUCUUAUAAACUUUGUUUUGGCCAUAAGCCUCCAAUUCUUUUUAGUAAAAUUUUAAUACAGGGAAUACCAGCACGGGAGGGUAAGUACUUGAGAAAGUUCAAAAGACUACUAAUCAGCCGCGAAGAAUCCAUUUAGAACACUUAUCUUGCUUAUGACUUAGCAUAAGUGACAUUGCGUUUUGUAGGUCAUUAAUUAUAGAUAAUCAACGGGUUUUCUAAUAAAAAGCAAGAUAGUAAUCAUGAUUCCAGUCUUGUAAAAAGUUAUAACGACUUUUUUUCAUCGUUAAUAAGUAUAAGCCGCAAAAAAAAAAAAUAAAAAAAUAAUCGUAAAGCUGUUCACCUCACAAUUUCAAAUCCAGGCCUACUUGCGCUCUCUCCGAGAGAUCGUUAAGCCAAAGGAAUAAGUUACAUAAUAUCAAAAUGUUACACUGACUUAUGCGCUCUUCGAAUUUUUUAUUUUAUACAAAAACAUCACUCGUCGGCUUCUUUUUCCUGUGUUUUAAAACAAAUUUUAUCACAUCAAAAAAUUGGGCUGAAAAGGGUCGAUGAUUCUUUGCAAAGAGACUGUUGUUAAGCGCUCAAUCAUGAAGGUCAUCUUUUAUUAAAAUGACCCAUACAGCCAAGGAAAACUUAUGUUCGUCGCUAUAGAUAUUACGCACAUCACAGGUAGACAAAAACAAUUUGACCUCUAAUUUCAUAAAGCAACUUCGUCAAUACUGGUUGACUGAAAACAAGUUAUAGAGUUGACGAGUUGAACUGAUACGUUAGAAAAAGACGUGGAAUUUGCUCAAUCAUAGUCAGAAUGGUGCGAUCAAAGCAAAUAGAACAGCGACUUUAAUUAGCGAACUAUCUCGAAGAGGGAAAAGAUGCAAAACGGUUUUUCAAGCCCACAAAUUUCUUAUAAGUUUGGGUAGCAAAAAUGUGAAGAUGUUGAAUGUUAUUAAUUGUUUUUGUUUCAGUUUCAAAGCCGUACUAACGCCUAUACAACUAUCAUUUACAAGUAAAGAUUAAAAAAAAAAUGACAAACUAUGAAAUAAACUAAAUUCAUCAAUCUUUUGCUAAUAAUGAAUGUUUAUAGUUCGCUGUUUCUUUUUUUUUCCUAUUUAUGUCUUCAUAUAGUAGUUACAGGAAUGUAAUAAGGUGUUUUACGCGAAAAUCGAACAUCUUUUAUUUUAUUGAAAAUCUCUCAACGGUGCACCGGUUUAAUAAUUUGAAAAACAAAACUUUGCUACCAAAGCAAUACCCAUGCUUUAAAUGGGUGUCUCAAUAGCCUUAUGCAAAGAUACCAGGGGCCCGUUUCUCGAAAGUCCCGAUAAUUAACGGGCCCGGUAAGCUGUUGCCGUUUACAUUGAAGGUAGAGGUUUCAAUAGUUUUACAUCUACCAUGAUAAAACUAUCAAUUAAUGAAACAAAAUGGAGCAGUUUGCUAGCCAGGACCCGCGCUCUUAUUCUUUAUAUUUCGAUUUGAAUAUUUGUUUUCGGGCCCGAAAAGUUAGCGGGGCUUUCGAGAAACGGGCCCUUGCAGGGCCCAGUUGUUCGAACGCCGGUUAGCACCAACCCGGGGUUAAAUUUUAACCCGGGUUUCUUUAUCUUUUUAUCGGAUAAUUUUCUCUAUUCUUUUUAGAGUAUCCAAUUAUCAAACUGUAGGCUAAUAGAAUUAAACUGAAUUUGCUUUUUAAUCUCUCACAUUUGACUUCAAAUUUCGCACUAACCCACGGUUAUAUCCAGCUUCGAACAACCCGGCCCAGAAGGUUAUCGUAAUUAAUGAAUAUUUUAAAAUGUUAAACUUUUGAAACUUCAUUUUAACCGAUAUUUUAUACUUAUACUAAGGGACUGUUAACAUGGACGAUGAUCCUAGCACAAUAUGCUUUCUGUAUCCAGUUUACACGCAAAGGGUUGUUCUUGUCCCUAGCGCGAGG